AUGGAAACAAUGAACAAGAACAAUAUUAUAAAUACUAUUAAACAACAAGUAGUGAGUGGUGUAAGAUUUGAAGCAUCAGGUAGAUUAACAAGGCGUUUGACCGCUAUGAGAGCUGUAUUUAAGUAUAGAUAUGCAGGUAGCCUAAAAAACAUACGUUCCUCAUAUAAUAAUAUAUCAUCUACUAUGUUAAGAGGCUACGUUAAAGCUAAUUCCCAAUAUACCCUUAUUAAUUCUAAGACCAGAAAUGGAACUUUUGGCUUAAAGGGUUGA